AUGAUUGUAUCAAUUAAUCAGAAGAAAUUUGGGAAUGUUCUACGAAGAAGAUACCAACCUGAUCCCAUCAUCAAAGUCAUACGCACCAAACCCAAAAACAAAUGUCUAAAAUUGCAUAUGGUGAAGGAAAAGGCUGAGGAUGAAGACAUUGAAGUUAUUUUUGCUCGUGAACUGGUUAAAUAUGGCUACAACGAGUGGAUACAAAUUCAAGAGAUAAUCUCUAAACACAAAGGUAUUCAUGCCCAGGAAGUAAAGUUAGCUAUCGAAACUCUGAUCAACAAAGUUAAGAAGCUGAACUUAGUACCUUCAGUUGGUCCAUCCCAGCCAUCCACUUCAGAAAGAACUAGCAAGCCCAAAAUAUCAAAAUCCACUAAGUUUCUUCUUCCAUAUGGCACUCGCUACAUCAACAACAAGAAGUCAGUAGGUAUUGAGCCAAUUCAACACAUGUUCAUCUGGGAACUAGAACAUGGUAUUUUCUAUCUUGCUAGCCAAAAUCAAAUGUGCUUUCAACACAUUGAAGAUCUUCUCGAUGCGCCCAUCGAGCAUUUGUUCAAUCUUCAUUUGGAGGGUAUGCGACAUAAAUAUAUGGAAAUAGGAUAUUGUGUACUGAUCUCUUUUAAACUCAAUAAGCAUCUUACUGAUCUUCAUCUUGAUGACUCCAAGUGGUUAAAGCCUGAGAUCUUAACUAAAGCUGAAAAAUUCUCAAAUGAUGACCUUACUGACUUCGUUGAAGAUUAG